CUUUUCCAAUCAAAUACUGAAUCGUUUAUAACUCCAAGCUAAAAUCCCAGUGCCAGGGAGAAAUGCCUCUACCAGGAGUCACAUAAACCCUUUUUUUCUCCUCCAAACAUGGCGGAAGCCAUUCAGGCUGCCUGUGAAAAUCUAAAUUCCAUCGUGGAGUACCUGGCUACCAUGCGUGUCUGCGAGAUACGACAGUACCUGGAAUUUCUCGGGGUUCAGCAUGUGGAAGUUUUGGGUUGCAUUAUCCUGUUUGUGCUGAUGCAAUUCACAAAGUUCACGGUUGUAUUACUACUGGCCAUUUGCCUGGCGUAUGGAAUAUUCUAUCUGUGGGAUACAUUCUUCCCGGAGUUGAGCGAAUUCAGCCAAAGAAGUAUUAAGGCUUUCAAGAGUGUUCGUACAUCUGCUGACCUUCCUCCGUUUAACUUCAAUACAAACACUGAAGCAGCUCCGGGAGAGCACGUCAUUUUCCCAAAAAAGGUAUUUUCCAAUCCGUUCUCUCCAAGUAGCAAACAAAUGCUGCUCCCCCUGUUGCCCAAUGCCACCGGAAAGACCCUGCAAACUUUCAGCCAACAGACAGACCGGCAUGUUGUUUCUUCAAAACAAGAUCGAACGAAAAAGGAUGAGUUUAAUCGACCUCGGUCUCAACCAUACAGUCCCAGAGAACCACGAGGGCAAAAUCAAAAGGAAUACCGUGGGUCGUCUGGUGCCAGGGAUACCUACGACACUCGAAAGCAUCGUCAGGACCGACCGGAGCGCUCGGACAGGCACGAGCGGUCUUACUGGAGUUCGGAAAGGGAUCGCGAUCGAGGCUUAUCCCAAGCUGGACGAAGGACAUCCCAAAUAGCAACUGGUAGUGGCGGAGCUGGGGAGCCAAGGCGAGGAUCUCAUACCAUAAGAGUUCCGACCAUCACCAAUGGACUCGUAAACCUUACUAAAUUGCCCACGGUCACCAGCGAGACGCUGAGGCGACUGCCAAAUAUGACCAGCGGAGAGUCCCGACGAACCAAAGAGGAUUCCCGCAGAUUGCCGGUCGUGACAAGCGGAGAAAUGAGUGAAAUGAGACGAGUACCUAAAGUAACCAGUGGCAAUAACGACUCCCGUUGGUUAACCCCUGGGGAACAGAGGGACUCCCGCAGGAGUUCUCAUCCCCAGGGUGGCGGCGGCGAAAAUCGUCGAACUUCCCAUUCUGGUGGCGGUGAGUCAAAGUCGCGCCGUUACUCUGAGCGACCCCAUCCAAAUCAAGGGCGUCGCCCGGAGGAACGUUCCGAUGAUCACAGACAGCAGAAGGAACAAGAUCAACGACCACGGCAGCACCGACAAUCGACAAAGCCCGACGAAGGUCGACACUCGAGGCAGCGACGCGUCAGCAAUAGUCGAUCUGGGAUUACCAGUCGCCAGUUUCCGGAUGAGCACUUGGAGCGGCUGAAGAUGGAGAAUCGCGACUUUCAGACACGAACCUUGAACGCCGGCAACCCUGGGCAUCCAUUUUACCGUAACGGAGCUACAAGUAACCGCACUUCCGAUAGGUUUUUGCCCCAUAAUGGGGCUUUAAGUAACCCCACUUCCCAGAGGGCUUUGCCCUCCAAGCAGGAACGCGAAACAUCGGGCUAUCACCACAGUGACAGACGUGAAUCCCAAAGGAAUACCACAUCAAACAAAAAGGACUACGACAGGGACAGACCACACAGAAAACCAUCCUCCCGGAAUUAGUAAUUCAGGAAGCCAUCAUAAAAACCACCAUGUAGUCAUUUCAAAAUCAACGCAAAUGUCUGAAAGCCCUUCCAGGAUGAGCACGGAGUCGAAACCCUCUAUAAAAUUCCAAAAGUAUCCAUUUGUUAUUGAGUACGGGGACACUGACAGCAAUGUUACAGAACAAUCGAGUGUUGUGCUCUUAAAAGCAAUAUCCCCACCUGAUGCAGAGCCCCUAGUUGCAACCUUAGAACAAAGUAAUGAAAAGGAGGA